AAGCAUCGCCUGUAUCUCUCUCUCUCUCUCAAGAGAAAAGGAAACUGCCGUUGAAGAGGGAGCCAUGGAGGAGUCCCAGAGAAUCAAAGCAAGAAAAGAAGAAGGAAUGAACUGAAGAGAAAGAUUAGCCGUAGUUCUCCCAGAUUCUGUUUUUCUCUGGUAAGUUGUGUUAUUUCUUACUCUUUCUGUGUCCCUGUAAUAAAAAAAAUGUUGAAAGAGAAAGAUCUUUCGAGUGAUGGCGUCUGUGGAGGGGAAGGCUCACAGACCAAGCUCGCUCAGCACAUUUCCGGGAAAAUUCUCGACAACCCAGAUGAAAAACUCGGGUUUUCCGAUAAGGGUAUUAAUUUUCUCGGGGAAACAGAGAGGGAUUGUGAUGGUUUUCAGUCAAAACCCUCAAAGUCUGGGAAUUCUGGCUGCCAGGAGCUAACCCUAAGCUAUCUUUGCGAUAAUUCCAAGUUGGGUUUUCCCGAGAAAGAGAUUCCCGGGAAAAAUUUACUGAAUUCACUGGAGAAAGUUAGUUACAAAGGGAAAGAGGUGGUUUGUGAGGAUCAAGACCAGGAUGAUAAUAGAUGGGUGGAGAGAGAUUUUUUGCAAUUGAAUGAGGCAAAGGGGAAUUCAUCUAAGCGAGCUGUUGAGGAUGAUCAAAUUGAGAGAGAGAAUAGUGAAAAGAAGACUAAGUUAGGGACUCUAAAUCUAUCUCUAGCUUUACCUGAUGUGUCUCUCUCCCUGGCCGCGUCAAAUCCGGCACCGAAUGCCGAUCCUCCGGCUAGGCUGAAGCCUAGCCGGAGUAUACAGUCUUUGGCACCUUCAAAUGCCAACACUCAAACAACAUACUCGAAUGAUUUUACAGCUGCUUCAUUGUCUUAUUCGUAUUCCCACCCCUUUUCACACAACCCCAGUUGCUCUCUCACGCGGAAUUCGACCGAGAAUUAUGAGUACUCGACUGGGAGUCACAGGAGGGACUGUGACCAGAUUUGGAAUGGUGGGGAGGGGACGAAUGGUUCGGUUCAUAGUAGAUUUAGGCCUAUUGGAGAUGGUGUUACAUUGUCCAAUCAUGGUGGUGGACCGUUUUCUUUGAUGCAAGGGAAUCGUGCAAUCAAUAAGGAUCCAUGCAACAGCCUUUAUCGCACAACAAGCUCUGAUAAUAAUUCCUUCUUCCCUUCCGAGCUGCCUGCAAGGCCAAGGUUGGAUACCCAAUCGGGUGAUUCAAGAGGAAGAGGCUCGGAGCAUAUGAGAGGUGUAGAGGCUUUAGAUGGAGGAAGAGCCCGUAAACUAUCUAGACCUGAGAGGAUUCUUCGAGAAAUUGUCUCUGAGUCUAUUCCUGUCAUGGCUCAAAUAAUUCAAGAGCUUCCAGAUGAAACAGUUGAGUCAACAAAGGGAUACUUGAAGAAUCUCAUGGUGGUGCCUGAGAAGAGAGAGGAAUUAGUGAGCCUCCAGAAUCGACUUGAGAGAAGACCUGAUCUGACCAAAGAGAUGCUUUUGAAAUCCACCAGGCAUCAACUGGAAAUUUUGGUCGCAAUUAAAAUGGGUCUUGGAAGUUUCUUAUCUGGCAAAGUUAACAUUCCCACCAAUGAGCUGAUAGAAAUUUUCUUACUUGAAAGAUGUCGAAAUGUAACUUGCAAAAGGAUGUUGCCUGUGGAGGACUGUGACUGCAAGAUUUGCUCGACGAAAAAGGGAUUCUGCAAUGAGUGCAUGUGUCCUGUCUGCUUGAACUUUGACUGUGCCAACAACACUUGCAUUUGGGUUGGCUGUGAUGUCUGUUCCCAUUGGUGCCAUGCUGCCUGUGGGAUCCAAAGGAAUCUCAUAAAACCUGGUCCCACAUUGAACGGGCCGUUGGGGACAACUGAGAUGCAAUUUCACUGCCCCGGAUGUAGUCAUGCUUCUGAAAUGUUUGGUUUUGUAAAGGAUGUGUUCACAUCUUGUGCAAAGGAUUGGGGUCUAGAGACUCUGAUAAAGGAGCUUGACUGUGUUAGGAAAAUAUUUCGGGGAAGUGAAGACUUCAAAGGCAAGGAGCUGCAUAUUAAGGCUGCGGAAAUGCUUUCCAGGCUUGAAGGUGGAUUGAUGCCUACUUCAGAUGCCUGCAAUUUCAUCUUCCAGUUUUUCAGCUACACAGAUGGCACGUCAGACUUACCCUCUUCCAAUAUGCCGCCAAAAGUGUUGCCAGCAACUCAAUCUAACCUUAGAAAGGAUGCGAGCCCCCUUGUAACACCUAAUUCACUUCCUCCUAAGUCUUCCUUGUACAACAUGAACUCCCCAAAUGGAAAGCUGGAUUUGUUGAUGAAUGAUCUCCACCAGAGCAAUCUGAGCGCUCCACUUAUGGGUGACAAAAUAAUUGAAGAUGAGUGGUCUGUGAAGAUGGCUAAAAAGGAUGGCUUUGACAGCUUAGAAAGCAUUGUGCGGAUUAAGGAAGCAGAAGCUAGAAUGUUCCAAACCCGUGCAGAUGAAGCAAGGAGGGAAGCAGAAAAUUACAGGCGAAUUGUACGAAUAAAGAGUGAGAAACUGGAGGCAGAGUAUGCAGAGAAGCUUGCAAAACUGUGUUUGCAGGAAACUGAAGAAAGGCGGAGAAAAAAACUGGAGGAGUUAAAGCUUCUGGAAAAUUCGCAUUGUGAUUACUACAAGAUGAAGAUUAGAAUGCAAACUGAUAUUGCAGGCUUGUUGGACAGGAUGGAGGCAACAAAGCAACAGUUGGUCUAAUUGUUUUUCGGCCCUCGAGUAGCUUUAAUAACAAUGCGGUGGCAAUGGUAUGUAGUUUGUGGUUUUACAAUUCAAUUCUGGUUGUUUCUGCAACUGCAAUUUAACAAUUACAUCUGUUGUAAAAGAGGAUUUUCUGUUUUGGGAUCUUUCACCUUUUUAGCUGUCUGAAGUGAAAAUUGGGAUUUAAUUUAAAUAGUGAAAAUUGCUCUUAAUCUCUUUAA